AGAUUAAGGAAAUCCACCAUGAAUGAAAUACAGUGUUUAGUUAUAUUCAAGAAGUCACACAUGUCCAGUAGAUACAUAGAAAACUGUUCUAAAUUAUAUAUAAAGAAAAACCUGUUAUUUUAGGGGCCACUGGAAUUGUUUUUCUGAAUGUCCUAAUUUUCUGUAUGACUUUAACACAUCAGUCCUGAAUAUAAAAUUAUUCAGAUGACAAAUUGAGGAACAAAUAGAUGAAGAUGUGAUGUCUGCCAUUUACUCAAACAGUUGCUACAUGUUUCUGGAUUCUUGUAUUUUAAACAUUGUUUUCUGUUCUGUUGUUUCGUUGAUGACACUUUAUAAAAUAUCAAUGCAACAACCCACCAAAGGAUUUUGGAAAUCUAUAAAGGACUAAGACACCGUUGUUGUGAAUAUUAUUAAAGAUCAACAGAAGAAAGGGUCAAUGGACAGUACUGACCUUUGACCCGAGGUCAAUGGGAAAUAACAUCUGUUCCUGUACAACUAAAUUCCUUGAAAAACGUCCUGAAACUAAGGAACAGAAAGAGAAAAGAUUAAAGAAAACCUAUGGCAAUAUCCCACUGCAAGAAGUUGUCAUUUAUAAAGUGAUGCCAACUUUAGGUUUGGCCAUUGAGGGUGGCAUCAAUUCCAGUCAGAUGUUUCCUCGAGUGUUUGCAAUCCAGCCGAAUGGUUCCACAUUUUACUCCAAAACCGACCUGAAGGUGGGCAAUAUACUGUUGGAAGUGAAUGGCACCUGCCUGGUGGGACUUCAGCACAGUGAGGUGGCAGCAAACAUUGCCAACGCCUUUUUGGAUGAAUCUCAAGAUUACCUGACAUUUUUGGUUACUGAGGAUGGAUGGCAGCCAAAGACUAGCAGCAUUUGAAUGGGUACAAAGAGGGUAUGAAUGAGGGGGGGGGAAGAGGGGAGGAUGAGAGUUGAGGAUGAUUUUUUUUUAUUUCACUUAUUUCAGUCAUUUGACUGCGGCCAUGCUGGAGCACCACCUUUAGUCAAACAAAUCGACCCCAGGACUUAUUCUUUGUAAGCCGAGUACUUAUUUUAUCAGUCUCUUUAGCCAAACUGCUAAGCUACGGAGACAUAAACACACCAACAUUGGUUGUCAAGUGAUGUUGGGGGUGGGGGGGACAAACACAGACACAAAUACAUAUAUAUAUAUACAUAUAUACGGCGGGCUUCUUUCAGUUUUUGUCAACCAAACCCACUCACAAGGCUUUGGUCAGCCUGAAGCGAUAGUAGAAGACAAUUGCCUAAGGUGCCAAGCAGUGGGACUGAAUCCAGAACAAUGUGGCUGAGAAGCAAGCUACUUACCACACAGCCACUCCUGCAUGCAAAAAUACAUUAUCAUCAUCAUCGUUUAACAUCUGCUUUCCAUGCUGGCAUGGGUUGGACAGUUUGACUGAAGGCUGGCAAGCCAGAAGACUGCACCAGGCUACAACGUGAUCUGCCAGAGUUUCUACAGCUGGAUGCCCUUCCUAACGCCAACCACUCUGAGAGUGUAGUAGGUGCUUUUACAUGCCACUAGCACGAGGGCCAGUCAGGUGGUACUGGCAACAGCCACGCUCAAAAUCGUGUUUUUUACAUGCCACCUGCACAGGAGCCAUUCCAGCAACACUGGCAACAACCUUGCUCGAAUGUUGUCUUUCACAUGCCACCUGCACAAGUGCCAGUAAGGUGAUGCUGGUAACGAUCACGCUUGAAUGGUGCUUUUUACAUGCAUGGGAGCCAGUCAGCAGCCCUGGCAACGAUCACACUCAGAUGGUGCUCUUAGCGCUCCACUAGCACGGAUGCCAGUCAAGCGGUACUGUCAUCAAAUUUGAUUUCGAUUUCACUUGAUAAGUGGGCUGGUUGCACCACUGGCAUAGGCCAUGGGUUAUGGUCUCACUUGGCUUGCUAGGUCUUCUCAAGCACAGCAUAUUUCCAAAGGUCUUGGUCACAAGUCAUUGCCUCGAUGAGGCCCAAUGUUCGAAGGUCUUGCCUCACCACCUCAGCCCAGGUCUUCCUGGGUCUACUUCUUCCACAGGUUUCCUCAACUGCUAGGGGGUGGCACUUUUUCACACAGCUAUCCUCAUCCAUUCUCGCCACAUGACCAUACCAGCGCAAUCGUCUCUCUUGUACACCACAACUGAUGCUUCUUAGGUUCAACUUUUCUCUCAAGGUGCUUACACUCUGUCGAGUAUGCACACUGACAUUACACAUCCAGC